AUGGUAGAGAACAGUGAAUCUAUCCAAAAGAUUCAAUCCACAACCAACGAUUGCUUGUGUACCUUGAAGACACUCGGCGUGAAUAUUGAGAGUUGGGAUCCAUUGCUAAUUUACCUAGUGUCUACCAAGUUGCCUGACGAGACUCUGGCACUUUGGGAACAAUCCCUUAAAUCCCACCGCGAGUUGCCAACUUGGAGCCAACUCGAUGAGUUUUUGGUUAACCGAUUUGAAGUGGUCGAAAGAAUUCAUAGUAUAAAAUCCACUAAACAAGGAAAUACACCUCCUACCAAAAGUCCUGAGAAAAUUCAGACAUAUCAUUCACAGGAUAAACUCGACCAGUCUCCGUGCCCCCUAUGCGAUUCGAAACACAGCAUAAGAUCCUGUCAGAAAUUCCGGGAAUUCACUGCUCAACAACGAGUUGAUUUUGUUUAUGCAAACAAAAUAUGUGGCAACUGCCUAUCCUCAGCUCAUCUCAAAUCAAACUGUAGGAGUAAGAACAAGUGCAUUAUAUGCCACAAGACUCACCACACCCUUCUUCACCUUAAAGGUAAACCACAUAAAGAUAGUGGCACGAUAACUGAGAAAUCAGAAACCGCCAGUGAAACUCGUCCUGCAUCUAACGAGGUAAGGACAAAUAUCUCGUCUCAAGCUGAGGCUCCCGCUAGUUCACAACGCUCCUGCUCUGUCCAGGCUAAUUUGGCUUCAAACAAUGACAUGAUUCUUCUAAGGACUGCAUUGAUCCAGAUUGCGCAUCAAGGAGAGCAUUUCACCAUAAGGGCUUUGAUCGAUCCAGGUUCUCAACGAACGUUCGUUUCUGAAAAAAUGCUAAACCGUUUACAAAUUCCAACUUCAAAAGCCCAUUUUCUGAUAACGGGUAUUGGCAAUCAAGAGCAAUCGUCCGAGAAAGAAUGUCAACUGACCAUUGUGUCAGAAAAGCAUGGUAUAGAGUUUGAAGUUUCUGCCAUUGUCUUACCUAAAGUCACAAAGCGAUUUCCUUCAGUUUCCUUUGAGAUCUCUAAUCCAUCUGAGCUUGAUGGGCUGGAUUUAGCAGACCCUUACUUUAACAGAUCAUCUCAAAUAGAUCUCAUUCUUGGAAACGACUCUGAACGUUUCAUAAAUCUAGAAGGUAUUAAAAAGAACAUUUGUGGCGAGACAUCAGCCUACAAUACCAUAUUCGGCUGGGUACUUAGUGGUCCAAUGCGAACUGAAACGUAUCACUCAUUCUCUACCAACGUAAUAGAAUCGGAGGAGGUUGCGAUCAGUCAACUCCUGAGAAGAUUCUGGGAACAAGAACAAGUUCCAACCUCUCAUCUCGGCUCUGAAUCGGAUUCAUAUUGUGAGGAACUAUUCGAAAGAACUACCACAAGGUCCACGGACGGACGCUAUAUUGUUCGGCUUCCAUUCAAAAAGGAAUUUCCUGGGUCCAUUCAUCUUGGUUCGUCCCGAUUUCUAGCUCUGGCUCAAUUUAACCGUAUGGGGAGAAAUCUCUCUAAGGAACCCGAUGUAGGAUCUCAAUACUGCUCUGUUUUGAAUGAGUACAUUUCCCUCGACCACGCGGAGGAAACUUCGUCACAGGAAAUUUCCGAGAGUGGAAAGUUCUUUUCAUUCUACUUACCCCACCACGCGGUAAUUCGUCCCGAACAUAGAACCACAAAAUUAAGGGUGGUUUUUAAUGCCUCUCGCAAGUCCAAGUCAGGCUAUUCGCUCAAUGAUGUGCUACACACUGGACCGGCUCUUCAAUCUGACUUGAUCUCCGUUAUUCUUAACUGGCGCAAAUAUCAGUAUGUGUUUUGUGGAGACAUACAGAAGAUGUAUCGUCAAGUCCUUAUACAUCCGCAAGACCGGCCUUAUCAGCGAAUACUCAUCCGCCCGGGCAUCAAUGACCCCGUAAGAGAUUUUCAAUUGAAAACGGUGACAUUCGGGAUAAAUUGUGCACCAUUCCUGGCCAUUCGCACUCUGCUCCAAUUAGCCUCCGAUACUGAAGACCAGUUUCCCAAAGUUGCGGAUAUUCUUAGAGGCGAGACAUAUGUGGAUGAUAUAUUAUCCGGAGGAUUUUCAAUUGAUGAGGCUAUUGAUGCUCAGAAUGAUCUGAAGACAGUUCUAUCCAGUGCCGGUUUUCCUUUAAAGAAAAUUGCCGCAAACGAUUCCAGAUUGCUUUCUCAGGUGGCAAAGGAGGAUUUGCUUGAUUCUGAAUUUCUUCAGUUUGACGAGUCCAGUUCUACUAAGACUCUUGGCGUUAAGUGGAACGCAAUGAGCGAUAAAUUUUCUUAUUCCCUUGGAUCGAUCUCUCCAGACCGGACCACUACAAAAAGGAAAGUACUUUCAGCUGUUGCACAAUUAUUUGAUCCCGCGGGAUGGGUAGCCCCAAUUGUCAUUAGGUCUAAAGUGUUGAUGCAACAGUUUUGGCUGGAGGGGGUUAAUUGGGAUGAAACUCUCAGCACCGAAUCUCAGAAUAAAUGGGAUGCUCUUGUCUCUGAUCUGAGCCACAUCGACUCCAUUUCAAUCCCAAGAUGGCUACAAUAUAACCCUACUGACAUGGUGGAAAUCCACGGAUUUUGUGAUGCUUCACAAUCUGCUUUCUGUGCUUGUGUUUUGGCAAGUUUUGGAGUAUUCCAAGGAGGUCCAGUCAAAGUCCGUUUUGAGAUUUUGGGAACAGAACUAGAAAACAUGUAA